UGCUGUGGCUCUCAAUCCGCCCGUCGUCCAUGGCGUCGUCGUCGCCGACGGUUCGGCCAUGGGCGGACCUGCAGCACGACCUACUCGUGGCCAUCAUGUCCCGGGUGGGCGUCCCCGACCUCCUCUCCGGCGGCGCCACCCGCACCUGCUCCGCGUGGCGGGCAGCGGCUCGCGACCCGCUCGUGUGGCGCCACGUUGACCUCCGGGACUGGCCCGCCCUGACCUCGGCCCGGCGCCGGCUCCGGCUCGCGGCGGGAGACGGCGCGGAAGAAGCCGCCGGGCGCGGGCGCGUCCCCCUGCAAGCCGAUCUCUGCAGCGUGCUUGAGAUCGCCUCGAGGCGGGCGGACGGUCGAAUGGAGGCCCUGCUCCUACCGGAGUUCGCCGAUGAGGAGCACCUCCUUUUCCUUGCAAAGAGGAAUCCAAAUCUGCACUAUUUCAGCCUUCCUACCACAUGUAUAACUUAUGAUCAGUUCUGCAAGGCGAUUGACAAAUUACAGUCUCUUAAGGGCAUGGCAGUGGAUGAGAGUCUUAUUAAUCACGAUGUCCUCAGCCAUGUGCAUCAGUGUUGCCCAGAUUUUUUGGAGUUGAAGGUGUUUGCACUUUAUGUGGAUGAAGAGAUGGCUUCGAUCAUUUGCAACUCCCUUCCACGCCUUAGGAAGCUUGAAAUACCAAACUCUGAUAUGUCUUGUGCUGUAAUAAUAAAAUUCCUCGAUUGCCUAGAGGAGCUCGAGUACCUGGACAUAUCUGGUUACGAGACUUCAGCAAUAUCAAGUGCUGUGCUUCGAAAAGCUUCUCGGCUGAAUAUCUUCAUCUGGAACUCAAAAUUUGAGCUUGGGGAGUUCAUGGACUGCUCAAAUUAUGGCGAACAUUGCAUUAAUCCUCAAGAGCCUUGUAGUUGCGUGAUGGAUCACCGAGUGAUGGACUGGCUGGCUGGACCUUCAGAGCCUUCCUGACGAGAUUGAACUGUGACUUGAGUUAAAAUGUUAAAUCCUACCUGCUAUUUCAACAAUAGUUGAAGUGGUGCUUUGAGUUACUUGUCAAUCAAAUGAUGGGUAAGGUGCUACCGUGGUAGCGUGCUUUGAUGUGCGUUGCAUGACGAUACUUGGGUCCGUUCAGUUUCCUCCUGCCGCUCCCUUUGUUUUGGAGUUUAAUAUGUAUGUGAUAUAUUAUAAUUUCAUGCAUUUAGUGCUCAAUGAUCUCUUGAGCGAGAAUGAAGCAACGCACACUACUUGUUGGCUUGUUGCAGUGUCGCAGCUUACGAUAAAUUUUAAGCUGUUACAGUUUAUUGGACCUGAUUAAUUGAGCUAGCAAAUGCAUGAUUGUUC